UGCUUUCCCUUUUAGUUUCCUCAUUAUCAAGAGCCUUAGCAAGCAGAUCGUCAGCUUUUUCUUCCUUCUCUCCCAAAAUCCACCUCGGAAAUCACUGGAAUAUUAAACCACGCUCUCCGGCAACUUCUUUGAAAAGUCCCAUUUGAAGAGUUUUUGGAAGACCAAUGGCUUCUGGUGGCAAGCAGCAAUUCCCUCCUCAAAAACAAGGAACUCAGCCUGGGAAAGAACAUGUCAUGGACCCCAAUCCUCAGUUCAAAAACCCAGAUUACAAGCCCUCCAAUAAGCUCCAAGGGAAGGUGGCGCUAAUUACAGGAGGGGACUCUGGGAUUGGUCGAGCUGUGUGCUAUCUGUUUUCUCAAGAGGGUGCAACUGUGGCCUUCACAUAUGUGAAGGAGCAGGAGGACAAAGACGCAAAUGACACAAUCCAAAUGAUUAAAAAGGUGAAGACUUCUGAUGCCAAGGACCCCAAGGCCCUUGCAGCCGAUCUGGGUUAUGAUGAAAACUGCAAGAAGGUUGUUGAGGAGGUGACAAAAGCCUAUGGCCGCAUCGAUAUCCUCAUCAACAAUGCGGCCGAGCAGUACAAGGCGGGCUCUGUGGAAGAAAUUGAUGAGCCCCGUUUGGAGAGGUUUUUCAGAACCAACAUAUUUUCUCAUUUCUACAUGACCAGGCAUGCUUUGAAGCACAUGAAAGAAGGCAGCUCCAUAAUUUGCACAACAUCAGUGAAAGCCUACAAGGGACACGCCCAGCUGCUUGAGUAUACUUCCACCAAGGGAGCCAUUGUGGCAUUCAUUAGAGCACUUUCUCUUCAGCUGGUAAGCAAAGGCAUUCGUGUCAACGGUGUAGCUCCGGGACCCAUCUGGACACCGUUGAUUCCGGCAUCUUUUGAUGAGGAGAAGAUUACACAGUUUGGCUCCGAAGUGCCAAUGCAGCGAGCUGGACAGCCGUAUGAGGUUGCGCCGGCUUACAUCUUCCUUGCUGACAAUGCUUUCUCUUCUUAUUACACUGGCCAAGUUCUCCAUCCCAAUGGUGGGGCUGUAGUGAAUGCGUGAUGAGGUUUGUGGAGGAGUCUUUCGGCUGGUGGUUUUGGGUCUUUUGAGUCAUAAUGUGUUAGCUAGUUUCUGUUUCCUUGUAAGGGUAAGAGUUGUAUAUGUAGAGAAUGAUCAUGGAAUGGUCUGUACAUGUGCUUUCUGCUAAUAAAAUAUGAAAAGAGUUUUAGUUAUGUUGCUGGGUGUCUGUUUGACAUGUAAAAACAAUUCUAAGCUCUGCGGAGCAUAACAUUAACAAACAAUUCAAGUCCGGCCUCAAGGAAUUGCAUAUAUGUGCAAUGCAACGAUCUGGUU